AUGUUAAGUCCCAUCACCUUCGUCACUCACAUCCUCCUUCUCGGUCUCUGCACCGCAUACACCCCCGAGCUAAUCAGCUACGCCGAUGCCGUCGCCAGCAAUACGGCUAUCUUUCCCCCAACUCUACUCCUACUUUCCCAUCCAUUCGCCGAGAUCGCGCCCCCAACCGCCGGCGACGUCAACCUCACCUUCGGCAGGGAGAAAACCCCACCAGCUGCUUCCGCCGCCGAGCUUGCCCGCGGCCGGAUAUAUGAUACCGCUGCGGUCCCAGUCAUUGAGGGCGAGCUGGAGUGUAAAGGCGGGGGCGAGGAUAUCACCUUUUACUUGUGGUCGGUGAUCAAGAUUCUACAAGAGAACGGGGAUAAGUGGUGUUGUCAGACCCGUGAUGACGGGAAGAGCUUUUCGACAUAUGCGAGAGCUACGGUUGGCCUGGCGGGGAUGCGCGGUAUGUGCGCUAGGUGCUAUGAUGUGGGAUUUGCAGCGGACGAGAUAAUGAAGAGGUGCGGUAAAGUGGAGGGAGGGGAGUUCGAAUUUUUGGGAAAGGUGCUUGUUUAUCAUUCGAGGCUUAGGGAUCUAAGCUAG